AUGGCUGCUAUAUCGUCCGCCGCUCCCCUCCCCGUCAGUAAGUCUUCCAGGUCGCAUUCACGGGUGCACAGAUGUGUAUCGGUGCAUGAGUUCAGCUACAUGAAGCUGUGGCACGACUACUACGACCGCGACUUGUCUUCCACAGCUGAAGGCGGGCGCAUUCACGGGCGCACAGAUGUGUACCGGUCUGGCGCAACGGAGUUCAGCUACAUGAAGCUGUGGCACGACUACUACGACCGCGACCUCGUCUUCCACAGCUGGAGCGUCAUCCGCUUCGCCAUGUGCGGGGAUCCCGUCAACCUCAUCCGCUCCCUCAACCGCGUCACCAACUGCGAGAUCCGAGGCUCGUGGACCCCAGUCCUCAUGUACGCGGGGACAGUGGGCACCAUCAUUGCCAACAACUUCAUCACGGACUUCCAGUUCGGCGGCGUGCAGUGCGGGCAGGGAGACGGGAACGUGGCGGAUUGCAUGCUCAACACGAUUCAGGACAACAUCAUCACGGCGGAGAGUGCUAUUUACCCCGUGCCGAAUGGAGAUGGAUCCGGGAUCUACUACGACUUGCACUGGUACAACCCUGGCAACCUGGACACGUGCAACUACGUCAUAGCAGGCACGCAUUGCUACUACCUGGACUUUGCCACGUCAGGGCUCACCAUUGAUGGCGCUGUGUGCAUUCGCAACCACGACGGUGUGAAGAUCAACACAGGCCACGGCAACAAGAUUCAGAGUGUGAUUGUCGUGAAGCCGACGUGGCAGUCGGGCAUCAUGAGCUGCCAGAACUGGUGUGACAACAACUGCCACUCCUGGGCGGGCCGAGGGCUCGGCUACAAGUGGUACACCACCUUCAUUUCACGCUUCGAAACGCCAGGCUGGCGCAAGAACUGGCCGUUCCUAUCGAAUCUGUGCAACCGCACGGAGUGGGCGCCGGGCAUCCCGUGCAACCCCUCGCCGCCCGUGGCAGCCGCUAAGAACUGGACCGGUUACUGCUCGCAGCACCUGGGAUACAACAACGGGAAGCAGCUCUCCGCGAGCGCGAAUGUCACGGCGAAUUGCAGCGGCGUUCCCGGGCUGAACCAUGUGGAGAUGAUCGAAAUGAGCAGCAGGAUUGUGUCGGAGAAGCUUCUGAAGAGGAUAAGCACGAACCGUCCGCGGCAGAACCCAGGGCAGAAAGAGAAGAAACCUGGGAACGGCGGAAUGGGAUUCCAGAUGCCGACCAUUCCUAUUGGAGGCGGAGGAGGCGGUGGGAAAGGGGGAGGCUGGUCAGUUAGCAACUGGUGGAAGAGGAGGAAAACGCUUGAACGCGGAGCUGGUUAUGCUGACGCGGACGACGUCGAAGGGGAGGAGGAAUCCAUUGAGCAGGAGGAGUUGUACGAGGAGUUCGACUCGCCGAACAAGGACGAGACGCGCCACGAGCAUUUCAACGUGCUUGAGUAUGAUCCCUAUGCUGGAGGGGACGACAGGCUCGGGGGAGAUGCUUUUGACCACCUGUGGAUAUGA